UACGAUGAGACCAAGUUUGAUGAUAUUGUUGGCCAUUGGAGAAAAAUGAGGUCAUUGCACAGUACUAGUAGAGGGGCAAAUCCUCAUAAUUUACGAUUUUGCCACUCCUCUCACAGUCCCUCCCCAAAAUCACUAUUUCUUCUUCUUCUUCCCCGAACCCAAUUCCCAUCUCACCAAAAUUUAUCCUCUCAAACGAAUUCCCGGAAAUCCAGUUCCUCAUUUUCAUCUGGGUCGGUGAUCACAGCAUCAAUGGCGGUUUCUAGUCCAGCCACUGGCACACAGACUGGUGCUGAACGCUUCUCUGUUCUGUUUGUGUGCUUAGGCAACAUAUGCAGAAGCCCAGCUGCAGAAGGGGUUUUCAGGGACUUGGUCAAGAAGAGGGGUUUAGAUUCUAAGUUUCAGAUUGACUCUGCUGGCACCAUUAAUUACCACGAGGGAAAUCAAGCAGACCCAAGAAUGAGGGCAGCCUCCAAAAAGCGUGGAAUUGAGAUAACAUCCGUAUCGAGGCCCAUCAGACCGUCUGAUUUUAGAGACUUCGAUGUGAUUCUUGCUAUGGACAAGCAAAAUAAAGAUGAUAUUUUGGAUGCAUUCAAUAGAUGGAAGUUUAGAGAGCCUCUACCUGAUGAAGCUCAUAAAAAAGUUAAGUUAAUGUGUUCAUUUUGUAAAAGGCACGAUGAAACUGAAGUUCCAGAUCCUUAUUAUGGUGGCCCACAAGGUUUUGAGCAGGUUUUGGAUUUGCUUGAAGAUGCUUGUGAAUCGUUAUUGGAUACCAUUGUGGCAGAGAACAAACACGUUUUCGAUUCUUAAAUUCAUGGUAGGCAGAGGAGUAUGAUUCCUUUGCAAAAUGCUACCUGUUUGCUAUGUAAAGCUGAACCUUGCCAGUGAUGUAAUUAUGUUAAAUAACCAGCGGUUAUUUUUGAUGGAUACUUUAUCCGAGCUUAGCUAAUUCACCAAAUCACAGUUGUACUAGUUGGUUAUCAUGGAAUUGAAAUAUAAUUUUGAAGUA